GGGCUGGUCCUGGACCCCUGGCUGGCAGCUGUGCAGGGAAAGGCUGUCCCUGUGCACACUGGCAUACGGGAUUGCUCUUCUCAGCUGGCUGUUGGGGUGAAGUCUGUCUCCCCCCGUGUCUGCCUGACCUCAGCAUUGGGGCUAGUGGGUGUCAAGCAGGCCCCCUGGCAGUGCUGACUUGCCCAACCAAAGGGUUUCCAAAUGCUGCUGUCACUGCCCGAGUCCUGAGUAGCCUGUGGCUUGAAAUGAGCAGCAUGGACUCCUAUAAAGUGAUGCUGGAUGGGCCGGCGCCCUGGGGGUUCAGGCUGCAGGGGGGCAAGGACUUCAACAUGCCCCUCUCCAUCUCCAGGCUGACCCCUGGUGGCAAGGCAGCCCAGGCCGGCGUGGGAGUGGGCGACUGGGUGCUGAGCAUCGAUGGGGAGAACACCAGUAGCAUGACUCACAUCGAAGCGCAGAACAAGAUCCGCGCCUGCGGAGACCAGCUUUCCCUCAGCCUGAGCAGAGUCCAGUGCCUCCUGGGGAAGCCACACAAGCACCACCCUCAACAAAACGGCCCGGCCCUUCGGGGCCAGCCCCGCGCCCAACUCGCUGCCUGGGCUGGUGACGAAACCUGUGAUGUACACGGCCCCCGCCUGCACCCCCCAGCACAAUGGGUGCAGAACCUUGACAAGUCAGUAAGCCUUUUUCCUCUUCUUCGCAUCCCCUCCCCUCCCCUCCCCUGGGUCGCUGGGCUGGUACCCACCCCCCUCUGGUCUCUAGAACCAUCCUGCUGCCUUGCUGCGUCCCUCCUCUCUGCUCAGGGAGGGGCGGGAUCUAUAGCCUCUGUGUCCCCUAGAGCCGACCCCUGUAUCUGUCUGGUCCCCUCCCCAAGUGCCAUGCUGGGGUAUGGCUGGGUGGUGGCCCUGUGCAGAGGGAGGGUUCCUGGCCAAGGGGGUCGCUCCUUGCCCAAGGGAGGAGAUUUCAGGACUAGUCUGAUUGCUGGGGGCAGCAAAUUAAAGCUAAGGGGAACGUCCCGACCCAGCACUCACAGGCUGCCUGGGCUUGGCCUGCUGCCCCUCCCUGGCUUUGACCUUGAGUGGGGAGCAGCUGCCUCCUCUGGGAGCAUGGUGCUGACUCCGGGCAGGGCCUGGCUGGGGCAGUUACAGGGGAGGGGGCUUCAGGACCCUGAUGCUGCUCCACCCCUCCGCAGCCAGGGUGGGUGUCUGCAGAGAGCAGCUGGGUGCCACUGGCCAGUGGCUGUGGGAGGGUGUCCCUUGCCCAGGCACGUGCUUUGUAACCUGCGGGCGGUGGAGCAGCCUGUGCCUGGAGAGGUCAUGGCCCAGCACGGGGCUCCACUGCCAGCAGAGACCUUUCCCUGGUCGCGCGGGGGCUGGGAUUUUCACCUGACUCACCCGUGCUCUUGUUGCCUCUCUCCUGGCCCCAGGGUCGGUGCCGGCCCCAGCCCGCCAGAGGGGAAAACUCAGCCCCGUGGAGACCUGGGCCGCUCCUACAUGGAGGAUGAGCACGCUCUGCGGCUAAUGAGCCCCCCCACCGGCCUGCCCAAUGACUCCAGCAAAAAGCGGCUGAUUGAGGAUACGGAGGACUGGCAGCCUCGCACUGGCACAACCCAGUCCCGCUCCUUCCGCAUCCUGGCCCACCUCACGGGCACAGAGUUCAUGCAAGAUCCAGAUGAUGAGCAUGUUAGAAAAGCCAGCCAGGUGUCUGGGCUGGACCCGUCUGCGGUGGCAGCGCUGAAGGUGGAGCCGGAUCACGGUUCUGCAGCUCCCAGGCCCCCAGCUGCUCCGGGCCCUGCCAGCCGCCCCCCUUGGGCUGUGGAUCCUUCCUUUGCGGAGCGCUAUGCGCCCGACAAGACCAGCACCGUCCUGAGCAAACACAGCCAGCCGGCCAUGCCCACGCCCAUGCAGAACCGCAGCUCCAUCGUCCAGGCCGCGCAGCAGCCCCCCGAGGGCACCAGCAAAACCCCCAUCUGCUACCAGUGCAACAAGGUCAUCAGGGGACGCUACCUGGUGGCCCUGGGGCAUUACUACCACCCGGAGGAGUUCAUGUGCUGCCAGUGCAGGAAGGUGCUGGACGAGGGGGGCUUCUUUGAGGAGAAGGGCUCGGUCUUCUGCCCCAAGUGCUACGACAUGCGCUACGCCCCCAGCUGUGCCAAGUGCAAGAAGAAGAUUGGUGGGGAGAUCAUGCAUGCGCUGAAGAUGACGUGGCACGUGCAGUGCUUCACCUGCGCUGCCUGCAGAACUCCCAUCCGCAACCGCGCCUUCUACAUGGAGGAGGGGCAGCCGUACUGCGAGAGAGACUACGAGAAGAUGUUUGGCACAAAAUGCCGCGGCUGCGACUUCAAGAUCGAUGCUGGUGACCGGUUCCUGGAGGCGCUGGGAUUCAGCUGGCAUGACACCUGCUUCGUCUGUGCGAUCUGCCAGGUCAGCCUGGAAGGGAAGACGUUCUACUCCAAGAAGGACAAACCCCUCUGCAAGAGCCAUGCCUUCUCCCACGUGUAAGGGGAGGCUCCCGCUGCCACACUGCACACGUUGGCCCUGCACACACCUGUCUCUGCCCCUUCUCUUGCUCCAUGGGGCCCCAGGGAGCAGGGGCUGGAGCUGCCACUCCCUGUGCCGCUUCUGGCCUGCCUGGGUGGCAAAGCAGAGCCUGCUGCUCUCUUGCCCCUCAAUGGCCUGUCUUCUGUCUGGAUUGUUCUCUACCCCUCUGGUGUCUCACCUGGGCCCGCAGGGGGACCAGGCAGUGCUGGGGCCACCUGUCCCCUCCCUUCUGUACCCACAGCCAACGGAGCCAGGCACCUCCCCUGGGGGCUGGACCUGUCCAAGCCUCUCCCACCCUUGGGCUCAGCAUAGCUGGAGCAGGGCUGCUCUGCCCCUAUGGGGUGGCCAGCUGGAUCCACCCUUUUCCCCCUCCCCACGCCCCCCACGUGGGACUGGUGCCUCUCCACUGGCCAGGCUGCUAGCUGGCUGGAAGCUGUGGGGUGGGUGGGGGGAUCCUGUAGGGCUGCUCUGUUCCCCCUUAUCAGGAGCCCUGGCCUUGCUGCAAGCCCCUAGGCUCGCUGUGCAGGAAGCCCUUGCUUCAUGGGCAGGGCCCACGUACAGUCCCCGAGCCCAGGCCUGCCUGGUGCCUGCUCUUGGCUGUCCUGGAAGGAGCUAGUCCACACCAGCCCCAUAGCUGCACUGGAUACUACUGGCCUUGUUCCCUGCCACCACGCAGCUGCUAUCCUGCCUGGGCUACACACUGGGCCUGGCCCCACAGCCCCCCGAGGGCUGCUGAGAGGUGGGGUGGGUCUCUGCCCCCAUGCUGUCUGGUGCCCCUGCACAAAGGCUUUUCC